CAUCACUAGUGCAGAUCAGUGUUGUGUGCGGUCUGCUCGCUGUUUGCUGCUGACUCCCCUCUGUCGUCCAUUAGAGAUCGGUACCAUCCCCACUGUACGGCGCAGGCCCGAAGUAGCGCAGCCGCUCUGAGUCAUUGUAGCGUGGAUACAGCUGUGUAGACCAGGUGGCCAAAAAUGGACGAGCACGUCGUUCACCAGACGGAACACAUGACCACCAUCGAGGCCAGCGCCGUUAGCCAACAGAUUCAGCAGGUACAUGUGGCAACCUUUACCGAAGCAUCCAUGAUGAGCGCCGAGGAAGACUCGACGUCCUCACCGGAUGAUGAUCCUUAUGACGACACGGACAUCCUCAACUCGGCUGGUACUGAUGAGAUCACCGCUCACCUGGCUGCCGCAGGGCCAGUAGGCAUGGCCGCUGCUGCUGCCGUGGCAACUGGUAAGAAAAGAAAGAGGCCUCAUAUCUUUGAAUCCAACCCCUCCAUCCGCAAGAGGCAGCAGACUCGUCUGCUCAGGAAACUGCGAGCCACCCUGGAUGAGUACACCACCAGAGUGGGCCAACAGGCCAUAGUGCUGUGUAUCUCUCCCUCCAAACCCAACCCUGUGUUCAAGGUGUUUGGUGCUGCUCCGCUGGAGAAUGUGGUGAGGAAGUAUAAGGGCAUGAUGUUAGAGGAUCUGGAGAACGCUCUGGCUGAACAUGCCCCACCUGGAGGAGAUCUGGCCUCAGAGCUGCCCCCCCUCACCAUCGAUGGCAUCCCUGUCUCUGUAGACAAGAUGACCCAGGCCCAGCUGCGAGCGUUCAUCCCAGAGAUGCUGAAGUACUCGACGGGCCGGGGGAAGCCUGGCUGGGGUAAGGAGAGCUGUAAGCCAUUGUGGUGGCCUGAGGACAUCCCAUGGGCCAAUGUCCGCAGUGACGUCCGCACAGAGGAGCAGAAACAGAGGGUAUCUUGGACGCAGGCGUUGCGGACCAUCGUUAAGAACUGCUACAAGCAGCACGGCCGUGAGGAUCUGUUGUAUGCUUUUGAAGACCAUGUAACCACGCCCACCGCCCAGCACCAGCACCAUCACCACCACCUGACCACCGCACAAAGUAUCGCUCACCUCGUUCCCUCACAAACUGUGGUACAGACCGUCAACAACCCUGACGGAACAGUCUCGCUCAUCCAGGUUGGCACAGGACACACAGUUGCCACCCUGGCAGACGCCUCAGAGCUGCCCGGUGUGACGGUGGCACAGGUCAACUACGCCACGGUGACUGACGGAGAGUUAUAUAUUGUUCCCUUCCAGGUGGAGCAGAACUGGGCCACCCUCCAGGGUGGCGAGAUGACAAUUCAGACCACCCAGGCUUCGGAAGCGACGCAGGCAGUAGCAUCCCUGGCAGAAGCCGCCGUCGCCGCCAGUCACGAAAUGCAGUCCGGAACCACGGUCACAAUGGCUCUUAACAGUGAGGCAGCAGCCCAUGCUGUAGCGACGUUGGCAGAGGCCACUCUACAAGGCGGAGGGCAGAUUGUCCUGGCAGAGACAGCAGCUGCUGUUGGGGCGCUGGCAGGGGUUCAAGAUGCCACAGGUCUGGUCCAGAUCCCAGUCAGCAUGUACCAGACUGUCGUGACGAGCCUCGCCCACGGCAACCGGCCCGUCCAGGUCGCCAUGGCACCUGUCACCACACGCAUAGAUAACACUGUGACCCUGGACGGUCAGGCGGUGGAGGUCGUGACCCUGGAACAGUGACAAUGAUGAUCCUGGAAGGAGUAGGAGGCACUGAUUUGCCACCUCGGCGAUUUGUUUGUCCUACUGCCUUCCAGCAUGUCACGCUGUGUACAAUGUCAAAUAUAUUUUUAAAUGUACAUCUGCAGGGGAAGUAAAAGUGAGUUAUCAAUGUGUUUACUAUGUAAAGAUAUUGCUUUAGUUGGUGUAAUUUUUCUCCCAUUUAGCUUCAUGGUUGUUUUUUUUUUCUUUUUUUUAGCUCUGUGAUGUUAAGUAUUGAGUAUUUAUUUCUUUACAAUUAACCUUUACUUAAAACAAAGAUGAACCAAAAAGCCCGGGAGGAAAGCCACCACUGCUUCACCCAGAGUGUGUAACUAUCACUGUUCUGGAUUUUUUUUUUCAUUAUCGUCUAUGUGCUUGACUGUUUUUGUUUUUAGGAUGCAUUUACACUUCAGUGCCAUAGUCAGAGAGUCUCUUCUCCCUUUGUUUCCCAUAUCCUUGAUCACUAUUCUAAAUUCCUCUUCCACUCUCCUAAAAGUCUCUUGGUGUACGGCCUCUGAGCUCCGGUACAUUUCUCACAUUUGAUAAUGAAAUAUUAUGUUGAAAUACCAUGUUGUCGUGUGUUUCUGCCCUGUGCUGUUUUACUGUAGUCCACGCACAUGCCAAGAUUUGUGAAGACUCAGGAUAUGCAUCAAAGUGUUUUUUUUACUGCUGGACUGCUGGAGCUGACUUCCUGAAGCAGCCUUUUUGUCUACCAAAUCCAUUUAUUUACAGUGCAUGGAUAUGGGCACCCCUUGGUAUGUUAUUUUUUUAACCUGAACUUGUAUGUCACUUAAGAUUUGUCGGUCUGCAUCACUUUGUAUAUCACAGGAAGUCGGUCGUACUUGGACAGGAGCUGCAGUAUUUGUGAUGCAACUAUCAAAAAGGAGUUUUCUUUCUAUCUUGCAACAACAACAACAACAACAACAACAACAACAACAAAUUUGCUUGCCAGGAAUCGACUUAGUUUGAUUCAGCUGUAACAGUUGGUUCAACUCUCACCACUAUUUAAAAAAUAAAAUCCAAUAAAAUGGCUGAUGUUUCACCAUU